CCCCCCCUUCCCAUCCCUUCAUUUCCUGGUUCACUCCCAGGUAUUGUGCAAUUCACUGUGCCCUAAUUUUCUCCUCAUUCUUGAAUCUCCAUUACAAUAAAAAGGGAACGAUUCUAUGGCUGUUUCCACGAGUUGUGGGUUAUCAAUUUGUUUCCCAAAUUCAGUUUCCAAGUUAUCAUCUCAAAACAAGCGUUUGUCCAAUUCGGUGAUAUUCUGUUCGUUGCCUGAUUCUCAAAGAUUAUUUGGAAGCAGGAAUGGCUUAUCACUAAAGCAUAAUAAUCAUGUUCAUCAAUAUGGAGAACUAAGCUAUGAAGCAGUCACAACAGCAAAAAGGGGAAAUCCACCAGUAAUGCCAGCUAUAAUGACACCAGGGGGCCCUUUAGAUCUUUCAUCAGUGCUAUUUCGCAACCGUAUAAUCUUCAUAGGGCAGCCUAUUAACUCUCAAGUUGCCCAACGAGUCAUAUCACAACUUGUGACCCUAGCUGCUGUUGAUGAGGAUGCAGAUGUACUGAUAUAUCUCAAUUGCCCCGGUGGAAGCACUUACUCUGUGAUGGCCAUUUACGAUUGUAUGUCAUGGAUAAAGCCAAAGGUUGGAACCAUAUGUUUUGGAGUUGCGGCUAGCCAAGGGGCCCUUCUUCUUGCUGGAGGAGAAAAGGGGAUGCGCUAUGCCAUGCCAAAUGCUCGCAUCAUGAUACACCAGCCACAAAGCGGUUGUGGGGGUAACGUGGAGGAUGUGAAACGCCAGGUCAAUGAAGCUGUUCAAUCUCGCCAUAAAAUUGACCAAAUGUAUGCUGCUUUUUGUGGUCAACCACUGGAGAAGGUGCAACACUACACAGAGAGGGAUCGUUUCUUCUCAGCUGCUGAGGCUCUGGAGUUUGGUCUCAUUGAUGGACUGUUGGAAACAGAGUAUUAGAUGCUUCCUUGUCUGUGUAAACGAGAGGCUGAGUUUCUUCAAUAAUUUUGUUUUUCUUCUUCUGUUCUUUCUUUUUUUUCUUUUCUUUUUAACUACAGCAAUUGAAAUCACAGCUCUGUAAAAUUAUACACCAAAUUAGGUUAAAUCAUUUGGCAGUUAUUCCUUAUUUUUGGUUCCUUUAAUUUGCCAAGUAAAAGCUUUUUAACAGCAAAGAAACCAAGGCCUAUGAAAAAUUUUGUAUUAUAGGAAUGAAUUCAUUGAAGCCUGUUGUGGGUUAAUGGUGAAAUUAAAUUUAAUUUAGCUGGGAUUUCUAGUUAUG